AGCGUGGCACAAAGCGACGACGGGGCUGCUCGUUUUGCAUAUAUUUUCCGAAAAGGACAUGUUGGCUACAAGGCAGAGUGUGUAGCAAAGUUUCCCAAGUCAGCUUCACGCAAAUGACUGGCGGCGAUCAAGACCACGAGCCUGAAAAAUGUGGCAACGCCACCAAUCACCAACAAAGACCUGCCUCCUUUGAUCCUUCGUCUCUUGUUUCUCCCAAGGCUGUGCCGCCCAUUUCGGCGGCGCCGGAGACCGAUCAUGCUCUCCGCCGCCCGCGGGGGCGCCCUGCCGGGUCCAAAAAUAAGCCUAAACCCCCAAUUAUUGUUACUCGAGAUAGCGCCAAUGCACUUCGAGCUCAUGCGAUUGAGGUUAGUUCUGGGUGCGAUGUCAAUGAGAGCCUCUCGAACUUCGCUCGAAGGAAGCAGCGUGGCGUCUGCAUUCUUAGUGGGAGUGGGUGCGUCACUAAUGUCACACUCCGCCAGGCUGCCUCCUCUGGGGCCAUUGUUACUCUUCAUGGACGUUUUGAGAUCCUUUCAAUGUUGGGAUCGAUUCUUCCACCACCAGCGCCGUCGGGGAUCACUGGACUGACGAUUUACUUGGCCGGCGCACAAGGGCAGGUGGUCGGUGGAGUUGUGGUGGGUGCGCUCAUUGCUUCCGGUCCAGUCGUGAUCAUGGCGGCGACGUUCAUGAACGCAACGUUCGACCGCCUGCCGUCGGACGACGAAGAAGUGGCAAGCGCUAUACAGAGCCAACACUACGGCCAAAAUGGACGGAGCCACCAUCAUGUGGAUGUGUCGGAUCUGUAUGGUGUGCCGCAGAAUUUGAUCACCAACAGCGCACUUCCGCCGGAAUUGUACUCUUGGGCAGCGGCGGGCAGAACCAUGUCAAAGACUUGAGCUCUAUCAUAUGUUUAGUGAACUUUGUAUUACAACUCAACAAAUACAUUUUUAAUAAAUAUUACCAAGUGGA